AUGUCUUUAUUAGUAUUUCGUAUUAGUGUUGCUAAAUCUUUACUCAAAUCUAGUCCACCACCAACUGCAAUAAAACGUAGUCGUCCAUCUCUUCAAUCCAUAACAAAUAUAUAUAAUACAGCACCAACAGCAAGAAUUGUACCAAGUCCACUUCCAUCAACCAGUGCUCGACUUGCUAAGUUUAAUUCUAGGCUUGUUCAAACAACAUAG